GGGGAGAGGUGGACAUCAGCUGCCGCAAGGAAUGGAGCAUGUUCAUAGGAACUCUCAUGCAUUAUUCAUCACAAGCUCUUUUCACUGGAAUCAGCUGGAGGAAGUAGUUAGUCUAGUUUGAGCUACACUAGUAUUUAUAUUUAGGGGACUUAAACAAGCCCAGGCAAGUACCGCACCAACUCUUUCUCUUCAUCUGCAGCCAAAUGUAGGACAGGCAGCAGCUCUGCUCACACACAGCUCUGUCUCUUUAGUCUGGAUAACAGGAGUCAUGCAACCAAGGAAAGCCACACUGAGGAAACACACAUGCAUUCAUGCUGGAAAAUGAAGCUUCAGAAUGAGAAGGCUUUGGGGCAUUCCGUGAGCCGCUCUAGUAACAUCUCAAAGGCUGGAAGUCCAACGUCUAUCUCUGCCCCUCAUAGCUUCUCUCGGACUUCUGUUACACCAUCCAACCAGGACAUCUGCAGUUCCAGUGCAGUGUUUUCUGAGUGUUGUCAUCACAGUCCAGUGCAGUCUGCUGUUGUCUUGAAAAAUCCGCACUGCCAGAGCCCUCUGACACAAGGGGUCACUGUGACAGUAAUCUGUCAGGACAAGUUACAUGCAGCAAAGAGAAACUCCCGUGGGCAGGAUCGGGGCCAGGCACUCAGAUCUGCUAAGAAUGUAAAGCCCACCCGCACUCUGAAAUUCUCCAAGUCCCUCAAUGAUGUGGACCAGAAGGCACAGAGCACCAGUGAGUGCUUUGACUAUGUGGAGCGAACACGGUCAGAAGGCAAAUUGACCCCAACUCAAGAGCAGUGUUUAAGGAUUAACAAAUUUCAUCUUAAAGAGAGGAAACCACUGAAUCUCAGGCCUCUUUCUUUUAGCAAUUCUAAGCACUCCUAUAUCCCUUCCCUUUCCAACUACUCGAGUGCAUCGGGAGGAACAGAGAACCACAGCGCUGUACAUAUCCCCUUGCUGGAGGACAAAGUGGACCAUGACACCUCGAGGAGCAAAAAACUGUUGCGUUACCUUUUUUCCUUCUCCCACACGUCCAGCAUCAGCAGCCUGCAUAAAUUUCAUGAACUGGAGAGCUAUUCCAGUCACUUCCAAGCAGAGAAAUCCUCCAGCAUGCUGGUGGAAAGCACGGACUUCUGCUCAGACGAUAUGGGAGACGAUGACGUCUUUGAAGACAGCACCUCAGUGAAACUGAAAACAAAAGAGCAGCGGGCACCACUCUGUUCAGUUGAGAAGGACAGUGACCUUGACUGCCCUUCCCCCCUCUCAGAAAAGUUCCCCCCUCUCUCCCCUGUGUCCACAUCGGGGGAUACCUGCAGGAUAUGUCACUGUGAAGGAGACGAUGAGAGCCCUUUGAUUACCCCCUGUCACUGUACGGGAAGUCUUCAUUUUGUGCACCAAGCCUGCCUGCAGCAAUGGAUCAAGAGCUCAGAUACACGAUGCUGUGAACUGUGCAAGUACGAGUUCAUCAUGGAGACAAAACUGAAGCCUUUGCGAAAGUGGGAGAAGCUGCAGAUGACAGCCAGCGAGAGGAGGAAGAUCAUGUGCUCUGUAACAUUCCAUAUCAUUGCCAUCACCUGCGUCGUGUGGUCUCUCUACGUCCUGAUAGACAGGACCGCUGAAGAGAUUAAACAGGGACAAACUACUGGGAUUCUAGAGUGGCCAUUUUGGACUAAACUGGUAGUUGUGGCCAUUGGUUUCACUGGAGGACUUCUGUUCAUGUAUGUACAAUGCAAGGUGUACGUACAGCUGUGGAAGAGACUUAAAGCUUAUAACCGAGUAAUAUAUGUACAAAACUGCCCAGAAACUAGCAAAAAGAAUAUUUUUGAAAAACCUGCACUAAUGGAGCCAAACUUUGAAAGUAAAGAAAUGUUUGGGGUUCACCAUUCAGACACAAACUCUUCACAUUACACAGAGCCAGAAGACUGUGCUGCAGAAAUUCUUCAUGUCUGAUUGCUGGGUAGGAGGGGUGUUUCUGUAUGUCCUUGAAGAUCUGAAUAUCACUGUUUACUGCAAACUGCUCUACCUUUUUAAAAUCAGCUAAUAGCUGAGGGCUGGCGGAUGAAUUUUUUUACAUUUUUUUUUUGUUGGAAUUUUUUAAAAUCCCUUAGGCAUAUCUGUCAAUGUCAUCUUGGUUGCAUACCUCUCAACAUUUUGUGUCUUGUACUGGCUGAUCAGAGAGUCACAGGAUAUUGGGUAGAAUGAGCCUUGGGUUUGGUAUCAAGCAAGCCGCCUAGUGAGCUGUCAUAAACUUCAUGGAGUCUGUUACUUUAAAGAUGACUUAUUCUGGAGUAUGUGUAGAGUGGGUUUGGUUGAUUGGUUUGUCUGUUCUUUAUGCACGAUGAAGGAGGUUGUCCCAGACACUGAGGGAAAUGAGAGCGCUAGAGUCUAAUCUACCACUAACACUGCCACUAACAUUUUGUCGUAGGCAGCAGGUGUAAAAUUUUGCUUUACAUAUUGUGAUGAGACUUACAAAGCAUAUAGCACUUUUAAAAAUCUUUAUUUUGUAAUAUGUAUGUCAAAUGAGAAUGAAACUUGAAAGAAUGUGUCAUUUUUGAAACAUUUCUUUGUUCUUUACCCCAUCUAUUUUUCUGGAACAUAAACCUCUUGCCUUAUAAAAAAAAAUUUAAAAAAUUCCAGCCUGUGAUUUCCAACACAUGCCCACAUUAUCUUACUAAACAUAACACUAAAAAACAUUGCCUGUUUGGGUUUCCUUUGAGGAGCAAUUUUCUUCAAAGGAUAUUGCACUUGUGACUUGUGUAUGGGGAAUAGUAGAUGUGUACAGUGUUCAUUUUCAAUACAUAAUGGUUUCAGUGCUCUGUUUUCAGGAUUGGUUUUGCUUUUUUUUUUCCCCCAACAGGUCAGACCAUAAACACACCUGCACACAUAUACCUGGUUGACUUUCAUUCCAAACCAUUAGCAAAGGCUUUGUUGCUAUAUUGAUAAAAAUGUGAGCUGUUAUGGUAAAAAAGGAAGCUUUGUCAAUACAGCUGAAACUGGUUUUGCUUCUUUAGUGUUGUGUCACGUGUGAACUACCCAAGAAUUUGAUGUUGUCAGAAGAGAUGCUGAGAUUAAAGUUUAGGAAGUAAAUAUCAUAUUAAGUGGAUGAGUUUAAAAGUACCUGCCUGGUUUUAGUCCUGAUGUGAUGCACUAUGUGAUCCGAGAAUAGUUUUGUCUGUGUUUUUGAAUUUGAGGCUGGCUUUUUAAUCAGUCAGCUUUCAUGCAAGGAGAGGAACGGCUUUAAAAUCUGUUUGCCUGGCUUUAGACAGAGGUGCCCAAAGCCUGGGGUAUCUGCUGUUGAUUCAUUUGCUUCACUGCACCACUGUCCAGCUCUAAGGCCUCAUUUAACCAAAGUCUCAGUGUGACUGGAGCAGAAACGAAGCCCCGCGAAAAGUCAGCACACAAAGUCUCUGCAUUUGAAAGCUGACCUUCCCGACCUGAGCACUCUCUGAAUCUCUGUAAAGUCAAUGAUAAUAAUCUGGUUGGUUUUAGUAGGAGUUGCCUGGACUUCUCAGGUAAAAGUUUUUGUUUACUUGUUGAGAUACUGAACUAAAUUCCGAGCUUGUUCAAGUUUCACUUAGUAUUUUUCAAGUGCAACUUUGAGUACUUCUUUUCAUAGUAAAAGUAGUUAUUUUAAGACUUCUCAAACAAUAACAGUAAGAUACCAGUGAUUUUUUUUGCUUAAAAUCUAAUAUUACUUCAUUUCUGAAUCAAUAUUUUAAUGGAAUGCAGAAGGGACUAUGGUAAGAGAACACAUACCAUUGAUUUCUAAGAGCUGUUAGAGGGAAAGUAUUGUGUGUGCACAUGUGCCUCUGUCACUUCAGGCUUGAAGCUUACUGUCUGUGAUCUUGAACAACACAGUACCUUGUUCUUGAGAUGUGUUAAAACAUCCAGACCUCUGGGCAAUCUUAGUAAAGCUGCACUGGCGUGGGUCUGUGUACUGUACUAGGUGUCAGGAUGUCCUGUGCUUAAGUGAUACAGGCAGACAAACCCUGCAUACCCUGGUAGUAUCGGGGCAGCAGUCUUCAUGACCAUACACAUGUAAAGUUUGUUGCCUGUGCCUGCCAUAAUUUAAAGUGCAAUUACUCAGGCCCUUUCCUGAACUCUGCUGUGGGUGAUCCUCUUCUGUUAUGGGAACCCAGAUAAUACACUGUCUUGUUCUGUUUUCUAUUUCGUUCUGUGAAAGAUUCACUAAAUAAACUCAGGUGGGUUAAAUAUCA